AUGCCUGGGUCUUUGGUGUCAGGAAUUAUAAUGAACACUUUCCUCAACGCUGGAAAGGUGAUCCAAACACUGCACAAAAACAACAAUAGCGGCAAGGUGUUCAAGAAAUCGGCUCCCAACAACAAGCUAACGCUCUACUUGAGCAGUCGCGAUCUGAUCAUCACCGACAGUACCAUAGAAAAGCUUUAUGGAGUACUCGUCGUCGAUCCCGACUACGUCCAGCAGCGGAAGGUGUACGGGCAAGUGAUCCUGACGUUCCGCUACGGACGAGAGGAUGAAGAAGUGAUGGGCCUCAAGUUCUGCAACGAGGCCAUUAUGUGCCUGGCGCAGCUGUACCCUCCAAGUAUCUCCACUCCCGAGAUCACGACUCCUCUUCAGGACGCGCUGCUGCGUCGGCUGGGCCACAACGCGUUCCCAUUCACCAUGGAAAUGACGGCGAUGGCGCCACCCAGCGUGCAGCUGGUGCCCGCCAAGGAGUACACGGGCGCGCCCAUCGGCACCAGCUACGAUGUCCGCGUCUACAAACGGGGAGAGGAGGUAGAGGAGGAGGAGAAGGAGGAGGAGGAGGAGGAGGAAGAGGGAAAAUGA